AUGCAAUUUUUGAUGGGUUUGAGCGACACCUACUCUACGGUUCGAGGAUCAAUUCUCAUGAUGAAUCCCUUACCUGACACAUGCAAAGUUCACGGCCUGGUUCUCCAACACGAGCGCCAGCUAGAGGUGACCAGCAUGCAUGACAAUCUGGUUACUCCAUAUGCAAUGCAAACCGGUCGUUCUUCGGUGGUCGCCACUCCCUCCACAGCUCACAACAUUGAAGCCAUUCAGUCAACAGUCCAACCUACUGCCAUCACCAAGACAACCCCCGUUGACAGCCCAACCUUCACCACUGAGGAGUACAACGAACUUCUUACCAUGCUUCGUAAUAAGAAGGGUAACAGUCAGCCUCUAGCACAUGCAACAGGUAUCAUUACACCCACUUGUAAUAUUGCACAACAUGAUCCACACUCCAUGCUAUAUUGGAUUGUGGAUAGCGGGGCCACCGAUCACAUUUCUCAUUCGGCUCCUACACAUAAUCAAACUGCCACACAUCAUGAAUUUGUUAGUUUGCCCAACGGAGAACAGACAGCAAUACGUAACAUUGGAUCUAUGCAUCUAGCGCCCGACUUGACUCUUGAUGGAGUUCUACAUGACGUGGAUACAAAGAAGACGAUUGGCCUGGGCAAGCAUUUUGAUGGGCUUUACUACCUCACACCUACCCAAAAUCCUCACCUUGCUACUCAUGUUCGUCGUACCUCCAUGCUUUGGCAUCAACGUCUCGGACAUCCGUCAUCUACACCUCUUCACUCUUUAUCCAAGACUAUUCCUGAAAUAAUGUUUCAUUCUGAGCAAAUUUGUGAUGUUUGCCCUUUGGCUAAACAAACCAGAUUACCAUUUACUUCUAGUUCAAUUAAAACAGUUGCACCUUUUGAUCUUAUUCAUUGUGACAUUUGGGGCCCUCAUAAUACCCGUACACAUUCUGGGGCACGUUAUUUUUUGACAAUUGUUGAUGAUUUCACUCGUUUCACUUGGGUUCAUCUUAUGAAUUUUAAAUCUGAUACACAAACCAUUUUGAAAUCAUUUUUCUCUUGGGUCACCACUCAAUUUAAUCGCCCCAUUAAAACUCUUCGUUCUGACAAUGGUAGUGAAUUCCUAUCCAUGCGUCCAUUCUUUCUUGACCAUGGCACUAAUUUUCAACACUCUUGCACAUAUACUCCUCAACAAAAUGGGGUCGUUGAACGCAAACAUCGUCAUCUCUUAAACAUUGGACACGCACUUCGGUUCCAAGCAAACUUGCCUUUGCAAUUUUGGGGAGACAGUCUUCAAACAGCAUGCUACCUCAUAAAUCGACUCCCCACCCCCUUACUCUCUCAUAAAACCCCUUAUGAGCGAUUACAUGGGAAAUCACCUGUUUAUUCUCACCUACGGGUUUUCGGGUGCCUUUGCUAUGCCACUCACCUUAACCCCACUCACAAAUUUGACACCCGGGCUCGUCGUUGUCUUUUUCUUGGGUAUCCUCUUCGUCAGAAAGGCUAUUGUGUCUUCGAUCUUGAAACAAAGAAAUAUUUUGUGUCUCGGGAUGUCAUUUUUCAUGAACACUCAUUUCCUUUUUCUCACUCCCCUUCUAGCCCUCCCACGGACCAACCCAUUCUGCCUACUCCUCCUACCACUUCAGACCUUCUUUUUCUACCAGGCCCGAUGUCUCCAGGCCCACAUUCACCACACUUACCUCCCCUAGGCCCGGCCCACUUUGAUCAGCAAAUCUCCCAUUCUGAUACACUUCCAAACCCUACUUCCCCAAUCUCCACACUGCCUCUCCCUUCUCUCGAUGGCGACUCUGGUUCUCCAAUCCCCGACCUCACCUCUCUUUCGACUGAUCAGCCGUCGUCCUCCCUUGAACCUUCACAGCCUCAUCCUCCUCCUCCUGACUCAUCCUCAUUACCUCGCCGGUCUGUGCGUGUCCCACGUCUUCCUUCCUAUCUUCGGGACUAUGAAGCUCAUCACACCGCCUUGCUCAUGCCCGGAGUCGCUUCUUCCUCCACGUCUGGAACCAGGUAUCCCCUUCAUCGAUAUGUAUCUUACUCUGGUCUUUCUCCUGCUUAUCGGAAUUAUGUGUGUAAUAUAUCCCGAUUGGUAGAGCCUUCUUCCUAUGAACAGGCCUGUCAUGACCCUCACUGGGUUGCUGCAAUGAACUCUGAGUUGCAAGCUCUUGAAGACAACCACACCUGGUCGCUGGUUCCUCUGCCUCCCGGUCAUCGUCCCAUUGGUUCCAAGUGGAUUUUUCGGAUUAAAUACCACUCCGAUGGCUCUGUUGAUUGUUACAAGGCCCGCCUUGUUGCCCAGGGGUUCAACCAACGUGAAGGUAUUGACUUCACUGACACAUUUGCUCCGGUUGCGAAGUUGAUCACUGUCCGCUACUACUCACGGUUGCGGCUGCUCGCAAAUGGUCUCUUCAUCAAAUGGACGUUCAGAACGCGUUUCUCCAUGGCGACCUCCACGAGGAGGUUUACAUGUUACCUCCGCCUAGUUCACGUCGACAGGGGGAGCAGCAGGUUGUAUGUCGACUCCACAAGUCCUUGUAUGGACUGA